CCGCCUGCAGUGCUCCCUGUGCGGGGCCUUCGGCUCCGCUCCGCGUCCUCUGCCCGCCGCAGCCGGCCGCACCCAUCCCCGUCCGUCCAUGUCCCUGCCCGUGGUGCUCCCGGGCUCCUGCUGCCCCGUGGCUGGGCUUUCGGGUGGGCCGCAGGCCGGGGGCCCGGGCGCCGCUGCCGCCGCCGCCCAGGAGCCGCCGCUGCCCCCGCUGCGGCCGCGCUGGCCCCGGGGCGCGCUGCAGCCCCCGUCGCGGCCUCGCUGCGCGGCCACCGCUGCUGCUGGGGUGCUGGCCGCCCCGCCGGCGCUUUCCUCCCGCCGGGCUGCCGCCGCCGCUGCCGCCGCGGCCCCGGGCUCCGCGCUGCUGCCCGCCCGCCCGCUGCUGUCACUCGGGCUGCUGCAGCUGAUCCUGGGCUGCUGCAUGGUGGCGCUCAGCUUCGGGGCGCUGUCGCUGAGCAGCUCCCCGCAAGUGAAGAACUCGUGCCCGUUCUGGGCCGGCUCCUCGGUGAUACUCUCUGGAAUCAUAGGAUUAACAACUUGGAAAAGGCCUAUGAUACUCCUGGUAAACCUCUUUGUGCUGCUCUCUGUGGUUUGUGUCCUCUUGAAUCUAGCUGGAUUUAUCCUAGGCUGCCAAGGGGCCCAGUUUGUGUCCAGCGUGCCCAGGUGUGAUCUGGUGGACUUAGGCGAAGGCAAGAUUUGCUUCUGUUGUGAAGAAUUUCAACCAGCCAAGUGCACAGACAAAGAAAAUGCCUUGAAACUCUUUCCAGUUCAGCCCUGUAGUGCUGUUCACCUUCUACUUAAGAAAGUCCUCUUUGCCCUGUGUGCCUUGAAUGCCCUGACCACCACCGUCUGCUUGGUGGCCGCUGCCCUCCGCUACCUCCAGAUAUUCGCAACCAGGAGAUCCUGCAUCGAUGAAUCCCAGAUUUCUGCUGAAGAAGUGGAGGAUCAUGGACGCAUCCCGGACCCUGAUGAUUUUGUGCCGCCUGUGCCUCCCCCUUCCUAUUUUGCCACAUUUUACUCGUGCACACCCCGGAUGAACCGCAGGAUGGUUGGUCCUGACGUUAUUCCCCUGCCACACAUCUACGGAGCUCGAAUCAAAGGUGUGGAAGUGUUCUGUCCUCUGGAUCCCCCACCGCCAUAUGAAGCUGUGGUGAGCCAGAUGGACCAGGAGCAGGGAUCUUCAUUCCAAAUGCCAGAAGGAUCAGAAGCUGCUGUGAUCCUAUUGGAUCCGGGCUGCACACAAGUGACUCAAGGUGGGGACAUUCCUAACAUACUUGCAGAAGAAAAUGCAUCCAUGUCAACUCCCAGUUCAACCCUGGUGCGUCCUAUGAGAAGCCGGAGAGCCCUCCCACCCCUGAGGACCAGGUCGAAGAGUGACCCUGUGCUCCAUCAUUCCGAGGAGAGAGCUGCCCCAGUGCUCAGCUGUGAAGCUGCAACACAGACUGAAAGGAGACUGGAUCUGGCUGCAGUGACUCUGAGGAGAGGCUUGAGAUCGAGAGCUUCACGAUGCAGACCGCGGUCUUUGAUAGAUUAUAAAUCCUACAUGGACACCAAGCUGCUGGUGGCGAGGUUCCUGGAGCACUCCUCUUGUACCAUGACCCCAGACAUCCAUGAACUUGUAGAAAACAUUAAAUCUGUUUUGAAGUCUGAUGAGGAGCACAUGGAGGAAGCCAUCACAAGUGCCAGUUUUCUAGAACAGAUAAUGGCCCCAUUGCAGCCCAGCACCUCCAGGGCCCACAUGCUGCCCUCGCGGAGACAGCCUGGCCUGCUGCACCUCCAGAGCUGCGGCGACCUUCACACCUUCACACCGGUGGGGAGGCCCCGAGCCGAGAGGAGGCCCCGGCGAGUGGAGGCUGAGCGGCCACACAGCCUCAUUGGGGUCAUCCGAGAGACUGUCCUGUGAACCCUGGAAGACAGAAGGCCACUCCAAGGGGAAGGAUCCCUCUCGUCUCUGCCAUUUCUUGGCUGGGAGCUGUGGUCCACCUCAAAAAAAGGAACACUCUGGAGGACACGUUUUCCCACCUGUUGACUCCCGUGUCUGCUGACCGAGGGCAUUCAGGAGUAAAUGCACAGGUCGGUCCAGGCCCAUCUGGGUUUGGGAUGCACUGAGUUGGAGGUUAUGAAAGCAUUGAUCCUCUCCUUCCUCUGCUGGGCCUCGCAGCAUUCCCAAGGGUCACAUGCCCUGGCAUGGGCAGAAACUGGGCUAAUGAUUCUUUGCCCACUUCACUCCUCGUGUCUCUCUUUGUUGCUAAGUUCUUCCCCUCUUGGAAGGACAGAUCUGCCGGGCUGCUAUUUAUAGUUGCCUUUGGCCUUUCACUGCUCUGCGAAUUGGCAGGAAAUAAGGCGAUUAACCCUAUGUGUCCACAAGCCUCAAGCCUUGUUUCAGGCCACCCUCAAAUCACACUCUCUUUAGGCAAAACAGGAAACUUCUUAAGUGACAAAUUUUAAUGCCAGACAUUUAAGGAGAGGAUUAUUGUUGAUUCCGUUUACUCAUGCUUGCAAAACUAGAGACCCCUAAGGCAGAACUGAGAAUAAACAUGUUUACUUUGGGCCACUGGGCUUGAUGUGUAA